AUGAGAUUAGAAGCUCAAACCACAGAAUCAGAUCGUACAGAUCCUGCAUCAGCAAAGCCCAGCAUGUACACUACAUCCUUCGCCUUUUUUGAGGCCCUGGUCGAAGCAGGCGUCAAGAACUGCUUCGUCAAUCUCGGGUCUGACCAUCCUAGUAUUCUUGAGGCCAUGGUCAGAGGCCAGCGGGAACUGAAGGAUAAAUUUCCCAGGAUCAUCACGUGCCCUAAUGAAAUGGUUGCGCUGUCCAUGGCAGAUGGAUACGCGAGAUUGAGUGGUGAGGCGCAGUGUGUUAUUGUGCACGUUGAUGUCGGGACUUCUGCUCUCGCGGCUGCUAUUCACAACGCUGCUAUGGGAAGAGCGCCGGUUUUGAUCUUUGCGGGAUUAUCGCCUUAUUCUAUUGAGGGAGAACUUCUCGGUUCGAGGACUGAGUUUAUCCACUGGAUUCAAGAUGUUCCUGACCAGAAGCAAAUUGUCUCCCAAUACUGCCGAUAUGUCGGUGAGAUCAAGACUGGAAAAAACGUUAAGCAAAUGGUCCGUCGCGCCCUCCAACUCGCAACAAGCCAUCCCCAAGGACCCUCCUAUCUCAUGGGCGCCCGCGAAGUCAUGGAAGAGACAAUUGAGCCAUACACCAUCAACUCCGCCUUCUGGAAACCCGUCGCACCCGCAGCCCUGCCCCAAUCUGCCGUGCAAGAAAUCGCAGAAGCGUUGGUCAACGCCUCCGACCCAUUAGUCAUCGUCGGUUUCACAGGUCGAAACCACGCAGCUGUUGAACCUCUUGUCGCACUAGCGAACACCAUCAAGGGCUUGAGGGUUCUUGAUACGGGAUGCUCGGAUAUGUGCUUCCCUGCUGAUCAUCCUGGCUGGCUGGGUAUGAAGUACGGCGUUGACUCGGCGAUUCAGAACGCGGAUGUUUUUCUUAUUCUGGAUUGUGAUGUCCCGUGGAUUAACAAGCUUUGUAAGCCCAAGAAAGACGCGAGGAUCUUUCAUCUUGAUGUUGAUCCGUUGAAGGAGAGCAUGUUGGUGUUUUACAUUGAUGCUGAGCAGCGAUAUCGCGUUGAUGCGGAGACGUCACUGCGACAGAUCACAGAUUAUCUCAGAGCAUCGCUGUCUGAGAAACUUGCUACCGCUGAGUUUGAUCGUCGGGAACAGGCUCUUCAAAAGUCUUAUACAGAGCGUAUUCAAGCUCUUGAUGCAAAGGCCAAGCCUCUUGAUUCAGGAAAGCUUACAACAGACUACGUCUGCUCAACUCUACGCGCCAAGCUACCCGAAGACACAAUCUGGGCCGUCGAGGCUAUCACAAACAUGAUCUCAGUCUCAGACCAAAUCCGAGCUACAAUCCCCGGCCAAUGGAUCCACUGCGGUGGCGGCGGUCUCGGCUGGUCCGGCGGCGGAGCCCUCGGGAUAAAACUCGCCGCCGACGCAGCAGACGCUCUCAUCCCCAACAAGCGCAAACGCUACGUUGUUCAAAUCGUAGGCGACGGAUCAUACAUGUUCUCUGUACCUUCAAGCGUAUACUGGAUCUCCGCCCGCUACGGCAUCCCCGUUCUAACCAUCGUGUUGAACAACCUUGGCUGGAAUGCGCCCAAGAGAUCGAUGUUGCUGGUUCAUCCUGAUGGACCUGCUUCGAGGGCGACGAAUGAGGAGUUGAAUAUCUCGUUUGCGCCGAGUCCAGACUAUGCGGGUAUUGCCAAGGCUGCGAGCAACGGAGUCAUCUUUGGUGCGAGGGUCGCUGACAUCUCAGAGUUUCAGAGUGCGUUGGCUGGUGCGGUUGAGAGCUUGGAUAGAGGCGUGUCUGCUGUGUUGGACGUGGCCAUUUAA